AUGUCCGAGUCAACCGUGACAGAUCAAGGGAAGGCCAUUAACGACCAGGCCAAGAAUCUCAAAGACGCCCACACGGCCAUACGCGAAAGAGACGAAGAGCUACAAGCCACCAAGUUGACCAUGGAGAAUCAACAAAAGCGGAUCUGUGAACAGGAAGCGCGUCUGAAAGAUGCCAGUGACACCCUGAGAGCAAAGACCGAACACAUAGAUUCCAUGCGAAAGGCCCUCGACGCUGCUCACUCGGAAAAGUUGCAUGAUAAGGCAAAGUUGGAGGACGUCCGGCGCCAGCUACGUCAAAAGUCGACAGCCCUCGAUCAGAGUAGCAAGGAUCUCGCGAGAGCCAGGGACGACAAGACGUCUCUUCAAGCGCAACUCGAAGAUUUGCGCCAGGAUGUCGUAGACGUCAGGCAAGACAUCGAGGGUCGCGAAGCCCGAGAAGGCAUAACUAGGUUGAGAUGGCUCGAGUUCCUGGGAGGCGACAGAAUGCUAUGGGGCUCAUUCGUGUCGAGAAUCCAGGACGGAAAGCCGGUCGCUACUCUCACAGAAUACCAGCCAUGGAUUCUCUUUGCGACAUGGGACGGCAGCGCCGUCGAGCAAGAGAUGUCGGGAUCUAGCAUCGCCUCCCUCACCAUCCAAGUGUUGUCUGUCCUCGACCAAGGCCGUCCGCUCCGGACCAGCCUGGCAACGCCCAUGCGACGGCUUGCCAAAUACCUCGCCCAAACCAACAGCAUUUGCCCAAGCGCGAUGCGCCUGCUUAUCGAUGCAUGCAGGGACCGGGCUUUCCAGAUGCCUUCAUCAGACGACAAGCAGAUUUUCAUCACCCAUAUCGAUACCGUGGCCGAUGUACUUGCGGCUCGGUGGGAAGUCCUUCGAGACUUGGCCCCAGGGCCUGACAGCACAUUGGAGGCUAUCAAAGGGUUCACCUCGUCGGGCGUGUUACCCGAUCAAUGGAGCCACGAUGUAGGCUUCGUGGAUGUCCCACGUGGCGAAGCCAUGGUGCGACUGGUCAAAGGUCAACUCUGGUCACUGGGAAUUGCAUGGGAGGUGUCGACGAAGCGGUUUUGGUUCAUGACACAAGACUGCGUCCGCAAGACCGCAACAUGGGAGUUUGAGCUGAGGGCACCAAAGGCGGCCGGCGAGAACAUUGCGAUAUUAUUAGCACAAGAGGCGAGCGUAUGUGUGUGGUGGGUGCAGUAUGGCUGGUGA